GUUUAUUAAUCUGGGAGUGAAGGCCAGUCUGGCACUGCCUCGGCCACCAGGCUCACUGGGCUCCAUGUCACUGAAUUGUCAGACAGAUUUGGCUUGGAGGACCAGCUUCAUGGCCACAGCCACCACUCUGUGGAGGACCUCGGUAAGGAGCAUGUUUCUGAAGUCCUCACUUGUUGUCUUCCUUCUGUGUGUGGUGACAGCCUCCUGCUCUGAACCCCAGAACUGUGAAGAUAUUCGAAAGACCUGCUCGGUGAUUGCCUGCAACACCCCAGGCCGAGAUGGGCGAGAUGGACCCAAGGGAGAAAAGGGAGAGCCAGGGGAAGGGCUCAGAGGUCUGCAAGGCCCUCCUGGGAAAAUGGGGCCUCAAGGAGUGCAGGGGGCCCGCGGGAUUCCUGGGCCCCAGGGUCCCAAGGGAGAUCAAGGAGACUGUUCAGCCAUGGAGACCACGUUGGCUCGCUUAGAGAAAGAAAUGAGGAGCCUGAAAUCAGAGCUGGAUGAAGUCAAAAGGCUGCAAAGCUUCUCCUUGGGCAAAAAGAGAGGGAAGAAGUGGUACGUAACCAAUGGGGAAAAAAUGCCUUUUGCCCAAGUGAAGUCAGUGUGUGCUCAGCUUCAGGCCAACAUAGCCACCCCAAAAAACGCUGAGGAGAACCAAGCCAUUCAGAACGUGGCCAACGACAUUGCCUUCCUGGGCAUCACAGAUAUGGAGACAGAAGGCCAGUUUAUGUAUGUGACGGGAGGGAAGAUCACGUACAGCAACUGGAAGAAGAAUGAGCCUAAUGAUCAUGGGUCAGGGGAGGACUGUGUGGUCCUCUUAAAAGAUGGCAACUGGAACGACAUCUCCUGCUCAUCCUCCUUUGUGGCUGUCUGUGAAUUCCCGGCCUGAGAACAUGGCUUCCUUCCUGCUGAGUUCUCUGUUGCUCUGAAAGGGAAUUUGAUGCUGGUCUUACUGAUGCCAGGUGUUGGCAUAGGUGGGUUUACACACACACACACACACACACACACACACACACACACACACACACACCCAUGCACAUACACUGCUGUGUUGUAGUCAUGGGGGUAGUUGAGAACAAAGGCAGCCUUCCUGGGUCUGGUUUGUUUUACCGGCACCACAAGAGGGGACAAAUGGUUAGGUAGACUGUGUCCCUCUCCACAAGGCAUCACUGGUCUCAUUUCCUCCCCAGUCAGCUUCCACAUCCUUCUAAUUCCAGUUCAAAGUUUAAUGACUCCAUUAUUAGUAGAUAUAAGAGAAUAAAUGCUGUGAAAGUAGAGUUUUACACCCUGCAGUUCAAGUCUUGUAGCAUUGUCCCAUCUGCAAAGGAAGCCUCCCUUCUGAGCAGGCUUCUGAUGUGAUCUUGACCCACAGGCCAGCUCUUUACCAUGGAUGUUUUUCACUAAUGGUGGUGGGAGGGAGCUGACAUGUACAGAACUCAAACUGAUGACUGGACAAAGAGUUAAUUCCAGCUCCAACUGUAUGCCAUCUGCAAAAGGAAUAAAUAUGUCCUAAAUGGACCAAAAGCCACUUUCACUUCAUAAAAUAUUGUUGGUAAAAUUAGUGUUCCACAUAAAGUAACAAAAUAGGAGACUAACACCCAAGAAUGGCCGAGAUUAGUACCAGGAAUUUUACUCCAUGGCUUGGAGGCCAACCACACAUACUAGGGGAAAAGGGAGCUCAGAUAAAGAGGGGAACACCAAAUAAAGGUGUUGGGAGGAUCCUCCCAGGAUGGGAGAAGCAUGCGGAAAAUAGACUAUAGACUAAACAUGAUUGUUACCCAUUGCCUCUUUUGCAAACCAAAACACCCAAUAAGAGAGAGAGAACAAAAGGGAAUGCCCUGCCACAGAGGUAGGGUGGGAUGGGGAGGGUGGGGGGUAGAAGGGAUACUGGGAUCCAUGGUGGUAGGAAAUGGGCACCGGUGGAGGGAUGGGUAUUUGAUCAUUGUAUAAUUGAAACCCAAGCACAAAAAUGUGUAAGUCUGCAACUGUACCUCAUGAUGUCUCACUAUUAAAAAAAUUUUUUAAUAAAAAAAAUUAGU